ACUGCCUUUCCAGGCUCCCCUCAGUCGCUGGGCAUCCUCCGAGGAUGCAGUAAGGAGGGAAGCACAGGCUGCAGGGAGCGCAGCCUCAGGCCCGCCGGGAACACGGGUCAAGCUUUCACCCCCAUGGCAAACACCGUCCCUGCUCCUUCCCUCUCCCCCGUUCCCACACCCAGUACAGUCGGCCACCCCGCUGCUGGGAGACUUGCCUGUAGCUCCUCCAGGGUGGCGCUGAGCCACACUGAUUCGAUCCCCCAGAUAUGGAGGGGUUCGGCCCCCAUUUAGCCUGGAGCGAGAGGCACUAACAACGGUGCUGGGCUGCUGGGGCAGCUCCCAAGCACUGCCCCAUGCACAGCACUAGUCUGGCUCUAAGGACAGAUGCUUUUAGCACCUGCAAGUCACCAGGUCCCACAUUUACCUCCAGAGGAAUACUGUCAUGUGAACUGGGUUUUAAACCAAAGAUACUGGGUUUUAAACUGGAGUUGCGAUCCCAGCUCAAAUCUCAACGCUUCACACCAAGCACCAACCUUCCUGUUUCCAAGAUGGUGCAUUUGGCAGGGCGAACAAAUCCCUCUCUUCUCGGAGCCCCUCCAGCCACCCACUCCCUCGGAGGAAGGAGGGCAGAGUCUGCCAGGGCCCAUCGGGAGGUGGUGGGCAGCCCUGCUUCGGCUUUCCUCUCCCUCACCACUCCUGGUGUUUGCAGGCCUCCAAGCCCAAACACCUCUUCCUGAGGAGAGCCGACGGGAAGGAAGCACUCUCACUGUCCUGUGUCCUUACACAAUACAGACUGGCUCCCCUUCACAGAAAGUCUGGUGCCGGCUGAGGAAUAGAUUAUGUGAACCUUUAGUAGAGACAACUUACUCAAUGUUUUAUGAGUACCAAAACCAGGCCACAGAGGGCACAGUUACAAUAGAGGAUGACAUCGAACGUGGGACCAUUUCCAUCACCAUGAGAAACCUCCAGGUACAGGACUCAGGCAAAUACUCCUGUGGUUCCCAUCUUAACACCGACAAAUUCUUCCCACUAAAGACAAUCUCACUGAAUGUUUUCAAGGAGUUCCACAGUCAGGAGUUGGACACGCUCUCUGUGCAGUGCCCAUACAGCGCCCAGACGUACAGCACAACAACAAAAGCCUGGUGCCGAAGGGAAGGUCACACUUUGUGCAAAACCAUGGUCAGCACAAAUUACCCAUCCACACGGCAUUACAGCAAAGCCCAGCAAAACAGAACCUCGAUCCAGGACGACACCUGGGACAAGACUGUCACCAUCACCAUGCAGAAGCUGCAGGAACAGGACACUGGCGUGUACUGGUGUACACGCAACACAUACACAGGUCCCAUCCGAAUAAUGGAGGUCAGGCUCACCGUGUCCAAGAGGACUCAACAAUACACAGCCAGGGAGUCAGACAUGCUCCAUGUCCAGUGUCUGUACAGCUCCCCAGACUACAGGGCUGUGACGAAAGCCUGGUGCAAAGUGGGAGCUGGGAAAGAAUGUGCUGUCCUGGUCCGUACAGAUCAGCAGCCCUCAGAGCAUCACAGAACAGCUCAGCCAGGCACAACCACGAUCCAGGAUGACAGCCGGAGGGGGAUUAUCACCGUCACCAUGGAGAAGCUGCAGGCACAGGACUCUGGCGUGUACUGGUGUGCGCUUUACGAACACCCACAACUCUUCCGAAUAGUGGAGGUUACACUCGAUAUUUCUAAUGGUUCAGAUGAAACAACUUUGUCAGUUACUGCAAACACGAGUCAAACAACCCCUUCUGUCAACAAUGCCAGUUUUACAACCACUGCACCACCAAAACGCUCCAGUGUAAAUAUCUUCAUCCUCCUCUCUGUGUUCCUGGGCAUCCUGCUCAUCCUGGCACUUACCAGCGUGAUAACACUGUGCAUCAAGAAGCACAGGCAGCCGAGACAAGGUAACAGACAAGCAGAAGACAUCUAUGACAAACCAGAGGACACAGCACAGUUUCAGAGCACUGAAAGAAUGGAAAGUCCUGAGAACGACAGCAAAGACCUAAAAUACGUUACCCUGAACUUUAUAACCCAGCUCAGCCCUGAGGAACCUCUCUAUGCUAAUGUUGGACAAAGUCAGGCUGCCGAGAAACCCAAAGCUGAAACUGUGGAAUAUGCUAACAUUGCACUGAAGCAAUUACCAGCGAACAACAAAGGAUGAUGCACAGGACACAAACAAUCCAGAAAUGGGAGAAAAUAAAUGGAACACAGAGAGGGAAUGGGGAGUAGAAGGCAUCUGCAAGGACAUGGGGAAAAGAGCUGAGGUUUUGCUACCAUGUAUACCCUGCAUAUACAUUUUAAGGCCUCCCUCCUAUGGGAGGCCUGUAGCAAAUUUUGUCACUGCUGUGCAGAUUCUUUCAGGUCAGAGAGAAGUGCUGGGUAUCCCUGAGUGUGCUGAGGAUCCCUUGCACAUCAAUUUUCUUGUAUUCUAUUAAAACGCAGAUUCUUUUGGAGAGGCAGGUAUGGAGGAGUGACCUUUUUAAAAAGAGCAGUACUUGCUUGGCCAAGGAUGGGUCUGGUAUGUCAACUAUGUUCACUGGUAGAAGCCCUGUCCUGCUCCUAAGGGUUCAACAACUAUGGCCGAGAAAACCCAUCCCAAUGCUGCUGUGACUGGGUUCAUUUGCCACAUAACGGGUCGGGGAGGGUAUCA